AUGGUUCUUUUUUCCGUAACAUUUGGUAGUUUAUUAUAUGCUAAAACAACGGAUACGAGUGGAGGGUCGUACCAGGUACAUACAAAAAAUUUUAUAUCAGUGCCUUCAAACGUAUGUAAACAAAUUCAUGGUGCUGGAAAAAAAGCUGAUCUUGCCGUUUCGUUGGGCAGUUGUUUUGCUUCUGGUAUAUUCUUGUCGUCAUGUUUCCUUGGGCUCUUGCCACACAUUCGAAAACAUGAAGAACAUAUUCGGAAUAUGUGGAUCUCGACAGUUGGUCACACCGAUUCAUCUUCAUAUAUAUUUUUAAAUUCGGAAUUGGUUGUCUUAAUGAUCUUUCUUCUAAUACUUUUCCUUGAAGAGGUAGGU